GAUCGGAUGGGAUGAGGCGACAGCACUCAUCCGCGCCCAAUUGACCACUCGAUAGGGGCAGACACAGACGGCGAGAGAGGGAGAGAUAUCUCGCAAUCCGAAAUAGUGAGGGGACGCAGAUUUUUUUUUUUUGGUCGGAGUUCUAGGGUUUGGAAAGGCGUUGGAUUUGGACCGAAUCGAAGGAGGGAUCCGCUCCGUCUGGGUCGGAUUGGGGUUUCUGAGGGCUGGGGCAUGAGAGGAUGGGCCUGGCGGAUGCGGAUACAAGGGACGCGGGCGAGGAAGGGGCGACGACGAUCGCCUGCUCGAUCUGCCUCGAGACCGUGACGAGUGACGGAGAUCGGUCUACGGCCAGGCUGCAAUGCGGACACCAAUUCCACUUAGAUUGUAUCGGCUCUGCAUUUAAUGCUAAAGGGGUUAUGCAAUGCCCAAAUUGUCGAAAAGUCGAGAAUGGCAAUUGGCUCUAUGCAAGCAGUUCACACCCAUUGCCAGAGUUGAACAUGGGUGACUGGGCACAUGAUGAAGACCUCUAUGAUCUCAGUUAUUCAGAAAUGCCAUUUGGAUUUCAUUGGUGCCCAUUUAGUAGAUUAACACGGGUUUUAUCAUCAUUUGAGGAAGGGGAAUCUUCUCCACCUAUUGCAUUCCAAGAUCUUUUGGGACAUCAUGCCAUCUUUACAGAGCAUCUGGCUACUUCAUCGCCAGCUUAUCCAUGCCCACAUGUGGCUUACCUGCAGCCACUCCGACCUUCAUCUUCCACAAGUUCCCAUGUUUCCUCUGAAAAUCCUAUUGAUGGUCCUGGAUAUUUUCAUCACUGGAGUCAUAUUCCUAGGCCAAUGGAUGUCCAGACUGCCCAUGCAUUAGCUCCCAUUGAUCUUCAAUAUCAUGGUUGGGAACACCAUUCUCGAUCAUAUUCCCCAUCUAACAACAAUAUCAGUGGUGCUGAUCAGGCUUCAGCUUCUACAAUGAUGAGAACUUCAAGGCUUGAUUCUGAUGGUCUACCAAGGGCAGGGACUCUCGUCCCCUUUAUUCUUGGGAAUGGAUCUGCUUCUAGAACGAGAGUGACCAGCUCUUUUGUUCCCUCACUGAUUCCCCCAUAUCAUAGAGUUCGUGGCAUUGGUCAUGAUCAUCAAAAUUCCCAAAGCAUACAUGGCACCAUCUUCACAGGCAUACGGCGAUCAGGAGGCUUGAGGGGUUUGGCUGCCUUAGGGCCAACACCGCACUCUCUGCCAGAUCAUGCUGGCUUUUACCUGCUCCCCUCGGCCAGUCCAUCAGGUCGCAAUCUAAUAGAUGCUGAGAACCCUGCAGGAAACCCUUUCUAUGCAUCAUGGGAAAGGGAGAGAUUUGCUCCAUAUCAGUUAUUUCCUGUUGAAAGGGAAUCAGGUUGGUGGGGAUCUUAUUCACAAUCUACUAGUGCAUCAGAUUCUACUCAUCGGGUUGGUCUGUGGCCCCCAAUGGGAUCCGAGAGGUCAUCAUCACGGGGCUGGUCAGAGAGCUUGUCUUACCAGCCUGCGCAUGUUGCUCGAAUGCAGUCCUUCAUGUGAAGGCCAAAUUCAUGACAUGUUACAGAAGCAAUGUUUAUUUGUAAAAUGAAAUUGACUUUUAUUAUAUGGCUGGGUUGCCUCUUAGAACUGAGACUGAAAACAAUCUUGCGGAAGUAAUCCUGCUGGAAGCUUGUUAAUAGCUUUGUAGGGGCCAUAAUAUAAUUUAUGCUUGGAGACUACUGGGAUGUUUGGGAGACAGACAGAUUUCAAUUACUUCUUUUGAAUCUAUCCCAGUGAAAAAAAUCAGGAAUGUCAUCCUAAAAUCCCUUGUCUAAAAAUAAUAGGGAAGCAUGCUGCUUUUCAA